GUAUAAAAUAGCUUUGUCAUUAAUAACAAACAAAUUAAAACGUCGGUGGAAUCGUAGUGCGACAAAAAAGAGUAGAUAAGUUAUUGGAUAGUAUGACUAAAUUCAUAUUCUGAUAGACAGGAGGUUCAUCAAUCUGAUAAGGACUCUGGCUAUUUGGAAAAUUCAUGGAAACACCAAAAUUGAUUAAUCAUGGUGGUUCUUUGUUUGUACCUAGUGUUCAGGAACUGGCAAAAUAAUCGCCUGCGGAAGUCCCAGCUAGAUACAUACGCAAUGAUCUGGAGCCUUUAAAUGACCUCUCUGGUGUGUCCAUGAUAAAUCAAACAAUACCUGUUAUCGAUUUGGGGAAAUUACUAUCUCCAGAACCCAUUAUUGGUGAGUUAGAAUUGGAAAGGCUUCACUCUGCUUGCAAGGAUUGGGGUUUCUUUCAGGUGGUAAACCAUGGAGUUGACAUUUUAUUGGUGGAGAAAGUGAAAUCAGAAAUUGAAGGUUUGUUCAAUCUUCCAAUGGAUGAGAAAAUAAAAUUUUGGCAGGAAGAAGGAGAUGUGGAAGGAUUUGGACAAAUGUUCGUUCAAUCAGAAGACCAGAAACUUGAUUGGGCCGACAUGUUUUACAUGCUCACUCGACCCCAACAUAUGAGGAAGCCUAGGCUAUUCCCCAAACUCCCUCUAUCUUUGAGGGACACAAUUGAAUCCUAUUCAUUGGAGUUGAAUAAACUAGGCUUGACUCUCCUUGAGUUGAUGGGAAUGGCUUUACAAAUAGAGACUAAGGUCAUGGAAGAGUUGUCUAAAGACGGAAGACAAACAAUAAGGAUGAAUUAUUAUCCUCCUUGUCCUCAACCAGAGCAUGUAGUCGGCUUACCACCACACUCAGAGGCUGGUCCUUUAGCGAUCCUCCUUCAACUCAACGAAGUGGAUGGAUUACAAAUUAGAAAAGAAAAGAUAUGGGUUCCCAUUAAACCUCUACACAAUGCCUUUGUAGUGAACACUGGAGAUAUUUUAGAGAUAAUGAGUAAUGGGAUUUACCGUAGCGUGGAGCACCGGGCAACAAUAAACUCAUCAAAGGAGAGGCUCUCUGUUGCAACAUUUCAGAAUCCUAAAGCGGAUAUGAAAAUAGGUCCAAUACCUAGCAUGAUCACACCAGAGACUCCUGCCUUGUUCAGAACAAUCAGGUAUGAUGAUUAUUUGAAGAAAUUAUUUUUGCGUAUAGUCAGACGGAAAAAAAUCAUUCCUUGACUCCAUGAGGAUAGGAGAAGGUGAUGAGGAAAGUAACUCGCUUGUAUAACUCAUAUUUGGUGUUUUAAUGAAAGAAUAUUGUCGCAGUACUGCAGUUUGCUAUUGAGUGAAGUAUUAUAUAAUAUGAAUUGAGUCC